AUGGACGAGUCGGCGUUGGAGCGUUACUUUGAUGACUCCAUUGCAAAUGACUCAAUCUUCAUGUUGGGGGAGGGGCCUCUGGGCCUCCAGAGUCCCGCCCCCUCCCAGCAGGAUCCCUCGUACCUGUCAGCGAAGGCGGGGCCAAACGGAGAGCUGGGGGAGGAGCUGGACCUGAGUUUUCUUCCUGAUGAACUCAGCACACAGGAUGACACAGCAGCAGAGAGUCAGACUGCAGCUCUGGACACGUCUCAGGACAGCGGCAUCUGUCCGGACUACAACUCCCAGGAUUCCACUGCAGCUGACACCCAGCAGGGGGCGUCCAUGUCAGGACUGGGGACCAGCGCCUCCCCCUUCUGUCCCAUGACCCCUAUGACCCCCAUGACCCCCAUGACCCCUGUGACCGAGAGAUCAGGAAUCAUCCCACAGUUACAGAACAUUGUCUCCACAGUCAACCUGGGUUGUCCUCUGGACCUGAAGUUCAUCGCCCUGCAAGCCAGAAAUGCCGAGUACAACCCGAAGCGUUUUGCAGCCGUCAUCAUGAGGAUCCGCGAGCCUCGGACCACAGCGCUGAUCUUCAGCUCAGGGAAGAUGGUCUGCACCGGAGCCAAGAGUGAGGAGCAGUCGCGGCUGGCAGCCAGGAAAUACGCCCGGGUGGUGCAGAAACUCGGCUUCCCUGCUCGCUUCCUGGAUUUUAAGAUCCAGAACAUGGUGGCCAGCUGUGACGUCUGUUUCCCCAUCAGACUGGAAGGACUGGUCCUGACCCACCAGCAGUUCAGCAGUUAUGAACCAGAACUGUUUCCAGGACUCAUCUACCGGAUGGUGAAACCUCGUAUCGUCCUGCUCAUCUUUGUGUCUGGGAAAGUGGUUCUGACCGGAGCUAAAGAACGAGCUGAGAUCUACGAAGCGUUUGAGAACAUUUAUCCGAUCCUGAGAGGCUUCAGGAAACAGUGA